AUGGCUCUCAAUGGCAAAGUUGCCCUUAUCACGGGCGGUGUCAAGAACCUCGGAGCUGAAAGUGCCCUAGAGCUGGCCGGUGUGGGCGCCAAUCUUGCUCUCCACUAUCAUUCGUCUGGCAGUGACAAAGUAAAGGCCGACCUUGAAAUCGCACUGAAGAAGAAGAACCCGUCAGUCAAAGUCACAUUCUACCAGGGAGAUUUGACCUCUGCCGCCGCAGUGACCAAAUUGUUCAAAGAUGUUCUUCGUGACCAUGGUCAGGUUGAUAUUGUGAUCAAUACGGUUGGAAUGGUUCUGAAGAAACCUAUUGUUGAUAUCACUGAAGAAGAAUACGAUACGAUGUUCGCGGUGAACUCCAAAACUGCCUUCUUUGUCCUCAAAGAAGCGGCUGCUCAUGUGAGCGACGGUGGCAAGAUCAUCAGUAUUGUUACGGCGCUGCUAGGCGCAUUCACCGGCUACUAUACUUCUUACGCUGGUAGCAAAGCCCCAGUGGAACAUUUCACUCGGGGUGUCUGCAAAGAACUUCAGUCUAGAAAGGUCAGCGUGAACAACAUCGCUCCUGGACCAAUGGAUACGCCAUUCUUCUAUCCACAGGAGUCUCCCGAAGCUGUGGAGUUCCACAAAUCAAAUGGUAUGGGCGGACGUCUUACCAUGACGGAGGACAUUGCUCCAAUUGUUCGCUUCCUCUGUACAGAGGGUGCCUGGAUCAGUGGGCAGACAAUCUUUGCCAAUGGUGGAUACACCACCCGUUGA